AUGCACUGCAGUUUUGCAAGUAGGAAGUUGGGAUUUCCAACUUUUCAAACAUCGCUGGAACGCAGCAGGUGUCUGGUUGACGGACGACAUCCAACCUGUAACUUCCUGCUGGAGGUGGAGAGGGACCAGGCGGAGUGUCUGAGGAGGCUGAGGGAGGAGGAGGCUGCCAGCAGCCAUAAAGGGUCGGGAUGCAGAGGAGAAUGGAACAGCAUUGCAUGCUGGGAGCGUGCUGAGGUCGGAAAGGUCGUCACCAUCCCGUGUCCGAGAGUCCUCAAGACUGUGUUUGGCAGAAACGGUAACAUCAACAGGAACUGCACGCCGGCGGGAUGGUCGGAGGUUUUCCCGAACAUCACCAGCGUGUGUGGGUCGGACACCAGCCAGGACAAGCUGGUCUUCUACGUGGUCGUGCGGACGUUGUACACUCUGGGUCACAGUCUGUCUUUGAUCGCCCUCACCACAGGGAGCGCCAUCCUCUGUCUGUUCCGGAAGCUCCACUGCACCAGGAACUACAUCCACCUCAACCUCUUCUUCUCCUUCAUCCUGAGGGCCGUGGCCGUGUUGGUGAAGGACGACAUCCUCUUCAACCGAACGUCGCAGUGCUCCAACCAGCCGUCACUGGUGGGAUGUAAAGCCAGCCUGGUGUUUUUCCAGUACUUCAUCAUGGCCAACGUCUUCUGGCUGCUGGUGGAGGGUCUGUACCUCCACACUCUGCUAGUGGUCAUCUUCUCUGAGAACAGACACUUCAUCGUCUACAUGUUCAUCGGCUGGGGAAUCCCCACUGUGUUCGUCUUUGCGUGGGUGAUGGCGAGGAUUUAUCUGGAGGACACGGGAUGCUGGGAGACAAAUGACAACCCCAUACCCAACUGGGUGAUCAAUGGACCAAUCGUGUUCUGUAUGAUGGUGAACUUAUUCCUGUUCAUCAGCAUCAUUCGGAUCUUGGUUGAAAAGCUGAGGUGUCCUGACGUCGGUGGCAACGACCAAUCACAAUACAGGAGGUUGGCCAAAUCCACUCUCCUGCUGAUCCCUCUGUUCGGGAUGCACUAUGUGGUCUUUGUUUUUCUCAGUGAGUCCAUCGCAGAGGAGUACAGAAUAUUCUUUGACCUGGCUCUCGGAUCUUUCCAGGGUCUUGUGGUGGCAAUUCUCUACUGUUUCCUAAACAGUGAGGUUCAAGUUGAGCUGAAGAGAAAGUGGCGGAGUAUGUGUCUGAACUGCCGCCUGAGCAGAGAUCACCACUCCAACAGCGCCUUCGCCUCCAGGAACGGUUCAGAGCACAUCGGUCAGUUUCACCGCAACUCCCGUACCCAGUCCAUCCUGCAGUCAGAGACCAGCAUGCUGUGA